UUUCAGUAUUUAAAGGAGAGGGUAGAGACAGAGGGAGAGCAUUCCGCAGCAUAAUCAGCACAUCCCAACUCAUAAAUCCUUCCAAACUUUGAAGUUAUGGCGACCCUUCUUGUUCCUCAUGAUGUUCCUCCCCCUAAUGUUGAUGCAGAAGCCAUUAAAGCCGCUUUCCGAGGGUGGGGGACUGAUGAGAAGGCCAUCAUUGCCGUGCUGGGCUACAGAAAUGCAGGUCAGAGGAGGCAAAUCAGGAUUGCUUAUGAGCAGCUUUUCGAAGAGGAUCUUGUUAAGCGCUUUGAAUCUGAGCUCUCUGGCCACCUCGAGAGAGCUGUAUACCGAUGGAUACUAGAUCCAGAGGACAGAGACGCUGUGUUGGCGCACGUAGCCCUAAGGAAGCCCACUGAAGAUUUUGCAGUGCUGGUUGAAUUUUCUUGCAUUUACUCUCCUGAAGAGUUCUUGGCGGUCAGAAGGGCGUAUCAACACCGGUACAAGCGAUCGUUAGAGGAAGAUGUUGCCGCCAACACUCACGAUGAUUUUCGCAAGCUGUUGGUGGGAUUAGUGAGUGCAUAUCGUUACAAUGGUGAGGAGAUAGAUGCAAGACUAGCCAAAACAGAAGCUGAGAUACUUGAGCGUGCAGUUAAAGACAAAACCUUCAAUCAUGAAGAUGUUAUAAGGAUCCUAACCACAAGGAGUAAGGCACAGCUGAUUGCAACUUUCAAUCACUACAAAGAUGCUAAUGGUAUUUCUAUCUCUAAGCAAUUGGGCCAAGACCGUGCUGCCAACGAGUUCACAGAAGCACUUAAAACUGUGAUUCGUUGCAUCAAUGACCCUGUCAAAUACUAUGAGAAGGUGGUGCGAAAUGCAAUCAAGAAGGUUGGGAAGAGCGACGAGGAUGCACUGACUCGAGUGGUGGUGACGAGAGCGGAGAAAGACUUGAGGCAGAUAAAGGAGGCUUAUCACAAGAGAAACAGUGUUACCCUUGAUGAUGCUGUAUCGAAGGAGACCUCUGGCGACUACAAGCACUUCAUCCUUGCUCUUCUGGGUAAUCAAGCUGAGUGAAAACUCUGCUUCUUGAAUCCAUAAUAAUAUAUAUAUUACCUAUGAGUGUUUUAAUCGGCUAGUAAGUAGUUGCUUUGUUAAAUAAUAAGCUGUUUUGUGUCCUGAGAUUUGUGUUUGUUGAAGAAUGCUUGGUUUUGUAAUGAGGACAUAUUUAUAUUAAUUAAGCUGCGUGGUGUUCUAAAUU